AUGGACAAAUACGAGAAACUGGAGAAGGUAGGGGAAGGUACGUACGGCAAGGUUUACAAGGCCAAAGACAAGGCUACCGGCCAAUUGGUUGCCCUUAAGAAGACCCGUCUUGAGAUGGACGAGGAGGGCAUUCCUCCCACCGCUCUCCGUGAGGUCUCCCUCCUCCAGAUGCUCUCCCAGUCCCUCUAUGUUGUCCGUCUCCUUUGUGUCGAACACGUCGACACAAACAAGAACGGCGGCACCAAGGCCAACCUCUACUUGGUCUUCGAGUACCUUGACACCGAUCUCAAGAAGUUCAUCGAUUCCCAUCGCAAGGGUCCCAACCCCAGGCCCCUCCCUCCCUCCCUCAUUCAGUCCUUUCUCUUCCAGCUUUGCAAAGGCGUUGCCCACUGCCACAGCCACGGUGUCCUCCACCGCGAUCUGAAGCCCCAGAACCUUCUUCUGGACAAGGGCAAGGGCAUCCUUAAAAUUGCAGAUCUGGGCCUUGGCCGUGCUUUCACUGUUCCUCUCAAGAGCUACACUCAUGAGAUUGUCACGCUCUGGUACAGGGCUCCGGAGGUUCUUCUUGGUGCUACUCACUAUUCCACCGCCGUCGACAUGUGGUCCGUCGGAUGCAUCUUCGCUGAAAUGGUUAGAAGGCAAGCGUUGUUUCCCGGGGAUUCCGAAUUCCAGCAAUUGCUUCACAUUUUCAGGUUGCUGGGCACCCCAACCGAGAAGCAGUGGCCUGGGGUUUCGUCUCUAAGGGAUUGGCAUGUCUAUCCACAGUGGGAGCCACAGAGCUUGGCACGUGCUGUUCCUUCACUUUCUGCUGAUGGAGUUGAUCUUCUAUCCAAGAUGCUUAAGUAUGAUCCAGCAGAAAGAAUAUCAGCGAAAGCAGUAAUGGAUCAUCCUUAUUUUGACAGUCUUGACAAGUCCCAAUUCUAAAUUUGCUUUGCAUGUUAUAGAAUCAUAAGGAACUUACUCUUGUGUUGAAUGAUAUGUUGCUAUUCACUAGGUGCUCACUUCCCUGAGCUCAAAGCACCUACUUUGAAGAAAGUUUCAAAACGUGUGGGGUAAUUAGUUGUCAUCAUUUAGGUGAUCCAAACAACUUUAACAAGCGAAUUUUGUUUGGCAAGUGUGUUCAUGUACCUUCUAGCUUUACUUAAGUUUCUUAUGAUUGAGUGACAUCAACUUGUUAAAUUUGCAACUCUUGUUGAUAUCUGAUUUAAUGCGAUUUAAAUCAAUUUAUUAAGCAUCUUUAGGUAACUUUAAAUGCCUUCAAGGUAAUGGAUUGAUUUUAGCAGUAGUUAGCUUAUUAUAGCUUGUUGCCAUGGAAUGCUUAGUUCUUGAAUGAGUUGGUAAAAGUUCUGGCUAGACGCGGUGCUGAAGGUCUGUCUUGCGUUUACGAUUUAGUAUUAACCUGACUUCCAUGAUAGCUGUCUGAAUCUGAUGCAGCUGCCCAUGGGGAACUAAUAGUGGAGCUUAGGAUACCAGGUGGGUAGAUUAGCGGAUCUGAAACUUGAUUUCUGUGGUCAGAUAACAUAUGCCUGAAGUAGCAUGUUCUGUUUUGUUUGUUAAUGAAUUUGUGAUCAAGCUUAGGUUAAGUUAAUGUGAACUUAUUUGUAUUUUAUUUGGUGCAUCUUAAAAUCGAGAGAAACCCUGGCGUACGAUUCAAAUAUAUGAAAUACUAUAUUAUAAAGUGUUAAUGUCUUGGUAGUGGAUUUCAUAUGUCCUUGUUCUUAAUGUCUUGGUUGUACAUUGCUGUGAUAGUUUGAUACUUUGAUUUGGAUAUAGCUACAACUAUGAAAAUAAU